AGGAGCUGCGGAGUGCCUACUGCAAAGCCCGCGACGCAAAUCCCCGCUCGGGUGCUCCCCCCGCGACCUGACGAUUCUACAAAGAGCUGGAUGCGAUACUUGGGGUUAACCCCACCUCCACUCCGAGCACCACUAUGGACACUUCAGAACCGGGGAGGGGAGGGGAGGAGGAGGAAGAGGAAAACGGGAGCGAUGGUGGUGGGCCGGAUGGAGACACCCCGGAAUCCCUGGACCCAUUCAGCCAGGAGCUCUUCUCAAGCCAGGAGGAAGGUAGCCAGUCGCAGCGGCCAGUACUUGGUGGAGGACAAACAAAAGAGCAGGUUCCUGCUGCAUCAACCUUGAGACCUCAGCCGUCCCUCUUAUCGCCUGCUCAGAGACUGCAAAGACUCAGGAAGAGACCGCGAAAAAGCAAAGAAGACAUGCUGCAAGAAGUGAUGCGGCAAUCUAUUAAAGAGAAUGAGAAAGCACAGGACUGGAGGGAGAGAGAAAGCAGGAUCCGCCAGGAAAACGCAGCACACCGGCGGCAAAGCACUGAUAGGCUCAUAAGCAUCCUGGAGCACCAAGCAGACACUAUCCAGGAGCUGGUAGCCAUGCAGAAAGAGGAGCAAUACCGCAAACGCCACCCCCCUCUACAGCCCUUGUCCCAAAACUCUUUCCGUUGUGCCCCACUGUCACCUCCAACCCACUUUCCCCAACUUCCAUGUUCUUCAUGCCACCCGCUGCCUCCAACACCAGUAUCUUCACCACCCAGCCCUGAAAACCACGACCCUUACCCUCUGCACUCAACCCCCAUCACCAUGCAGUAUAGCUGUCCUGAAGUGCAGCACUCACUGCACAGCACACCAGACAGGACAUACGCGAAUCUGUGA